AGACAGAUCUUUUGCAUUCCUUGCAGGUCGGGCCGCCAACGCGGGCCCGGGCGUGAUUUAUGAAGUCCCAGGUCCCCCUCUCCACAUUUCCUUCAAACCGUCCUAUUGAAAAGCAUACGUCCCAUGAUUCUUCUCUAGGCAUAUCCCCCAUGGAUAGUGUCCGACAUCCUUUCGAAAGCAUCGCGGAAACGAUCAACGGCGCCGCGGUCCUGCUGGAUGCCGGAGCAGGAGAGGUAUCGCUCGCUGGGCAGGCGGUGUAAAUUUUCUCAUGGACGAAUUGGGUGCCGGGACCGUGGUGGCGUUGGAAGAGACAGACAA